CGGUUCCGCAUAAACAACGGCGCCGUUGAAUACCAGAACCGAUUCCUCCGCAGCGAUACCUACGAGAGUAACCUUCGGGCCAAUCGGAUAGUGGUGUCGGAGUUCGGGACCCACGCCUAUCCCGACCCCUGCAAAUCCAUUUGGCAGAGGUUUCAGUCCUGGUUCUCGACCAGUACUCCGAUGACCGACAACGACAACGUUAAUAUAUACCCGGUUAGGGACCAGUUAUACGCGGCCACAGAAACCAAUUUCAUCCGCCGUAUCGAUGGCGACAAUUUGGAAACUCACGAGAAAGUGGAUCUGUCUAAGUAUCUGACCAUCAAUAUGGCCACCGCUCACCCGCACGUCGAUCCCGACGGCACUGUCUAUAACAUGGGCUCGAGUUUUGGCCGGAAUGGCAAAUAUCACUUAAUAAAGAUCCCGAACUCAGAGAAUCCAUUCGACAAUAUGUCAAUUGUUUGCUCCAUACCUAUGGCGAGACCGCUAUAUCCGGCCUAUUAUCACAGUUUUGCCAUAACUGACAAUCACUACGUGUUCAUUGAACAGCCGCUGGUCAUGUCUGUGCCAACAUUAGCUAUGAGUAAAGUGACCGGCAGUACAUUUGCCGACGCCCUUACGUGGAAACCAGAAUAUAUGGCGACUCCGGGAGCAAAUUUGGUUACUUUAGGUUACACUGAAGCCAGCGCUACAUUAGGCGCCGACAAGUCAUCAGUAGAGCUAAAAUAUGAGGCUAUGACUGAACCUGGCCCAGGAGUGGGAGAAUUACCGCGAAUUAACUAUACAUUGAAUGGCAAGAAAUAUCGCUAUUUUUAUUCAAUAACGCAAACCAACGAUUUUAAAACUAAUCUUAUGAAAUUUGACACAAAGACAAAGUCAAGUGUGAUUUGGGCGGAGGAAAGUGCCAUUUGCUCCGAACCCGUGUUCGUCGAGAACCCGGGCGUUGAUUACUCCGAUCCUAAUAACGAAGACAACGGUGUAAUCCUAUCGUCAGUUCUGUCGGAUUUGGACGAAACGGAAGGCUUUUUGCUGGUAUUGGACGCCAAGACAUUCAAAGAGUUAGGUCGCGCCCGGUUUCGCACCAAAUCGUCGAUUACGGCCACAUUUCACGGCUUAUUUGUCUCAUAAAUAAAUGUACGGCAAGUAAUUUAAAGCAUUUAACAA